AUGAAACGUAAACAUACAGAAAAAUCUGCUUAUGUAUCAUCAUCAUCAACAACAUCGGCACUAUUAACAACAACAACAACAACAGCAACAGCAGCAGCAAUUGUACAAGGAAAUCUUAGUGAUGUGAGCGAUGAUUAUGAAGAUACAUACAAUACAGAAGUAGCUAAUAUUCAAGCACAGUUAGAUCAAUUAGAUAAGAAAAUUCAUCCAGAAUUUGUAAAAAUUCGUGAAGAAGUUGAACAUUGGUAUUCAGAACAAAAACAACGUAUACAUAUUUUACAUGAACAUAAAGGUAACGAUCGUUAUCAUAUCAAAACUUACUGGAAAGAUAGUUCAUCGCCCAUUUUGUAA